AUGAAGCGCUCUUGUGCGGGUUACGUCUGGCAGCUGGGAUGAACGUGACAAAGCUAAGGAUAAAGUGUGAUUCGAAGUUGGUGGUUGGCCAUGUGUCGGGAGAGUUCGAGGCGAAGGACGAAAGAAUGAAGAAAUACAGAGAUACGGCCCUAGAACUACUUAAAAGCUUCACCGCGUAUAGUGUCGAGGAGAUCCCUCAGGCGGAGAACGCCGAGGCGGAUAUCUUGUCGAAGCUGAGCUCAGACAUGCCCGAGCACAUCAGGCGAAUGGCGAAUGUGGAAGAGCUGUCCGAGCCAAGAAUCCAUGCCUUCCCCGUGGCAAUGAUCUGUGCUCAACCCAAAGAUUGGACGGACGACAUAGUCGCCUUCGUGAAGGAUGGCACCCUCCCAAACGAGUCGAUGAAGGCCAAGUUGGUCCGGACAAGGGCACCGGGGUAUACCUUGGAAGGCGAGAAGCUAUACAAGCAAGCAUACAACGGGGCGCUACUCAGGUGCCUCCGACCGGCCGAAGCGAAACAAGUCAUGGAGGAGGUGCACGCCGGAAUCUGCUCCGCCCACCAAGGAGCAUACGCGGUGUCAAGGAAGAUAACCCUUCAAGUAUAUUUUUGGCCAACAAUUGUUAAGGAUUGCGCGGAGUUCGUAAAGAAGUCUAAAGUGUGUCAAGAGUUCCAGAAGGUCAUCUGCCGCUUCGGCGUUCCCGAGCACAUAAUCACAGACAACGGGACACAAUUCGAGUCCAAGCCCUUCAACGACUUCCUUGGAAGCUGGGGGAUCAAGCACAGCUACGCGUCGGUUGGGUACCCACAGACAAACGGACAGGUCGAGAACGCCAACCGAACGAUAGUCGACGGGCUGAAGCAGAAAUUGGAGGCCUGCGGAGGAGAGUGGGCAGAGGAGUUGCCUUACAUCCUAUGAACCUACCGGACCACGCCUAGAAGGGCAAUCGAGGAAACCCCCUUCGCCUUGUGCUACAGAUUCGAGGCGAGGGCUCCUGCAGAGAUCUCCAUCGCAACCCACCGGGAGGAGAUCUUUGACCACGAGCGUAACGAAGAAGCCCUGGCAGCCGAGCUCCAUCUCGUACACGAGAGGCGAGAAGCGGCCUUUAUACGAGUAGAGAAUUACCGAAGAAAGGUAAAGAGCUACC